GUAUCAGUCAAAUGCUGACCAUUAAAAUAAAGAAUAAAUAAAAACAAAAUACAUAAACAUCAGUACUGUUUAGUAUCAGUCAAAUGCAGACUAUAUUAAUACUGCCAAGUCAAGAUAAACAGAUAAGCAGUGGUGUUACACCGUAUUCUGCUAUACAAGUUCAGGGGAAACUUUCAACGGUGGAAAACCAGACUUUUAAAUAUUACAUUUUAUAAAUGACAUGACUGGAAUUGUUCGGUUGAAGGGGGUACCAAACUGUGAAUCCUGAAAAAACAGUUUGGUUAAUACAUGUUUACUCCGCUUCCACUCAGCUGACAACAAUGAAAGUAGCUACGUGAUUAGCUAGUUAGCUAUAAGCUCAUUGUCACGGAAAGUAAAAGACGGACAUUGUUUAUUUUACUUUCCAGCAUUGUGUCUCACCAACUAGGUAACAACAUAGCAUGAAAUCAACACUCAUCAGACACAAUCCACAACCGCACCGUUGUCUGCUGAGCUGCAAAAAGAUGCUCUGAUGUUUACCUUUCAAUCUGCUACAUUACUGACUGCACUGACAAACUAUAGCUGGCUAACAGCAAACAGACAUGAGUGACGUGGUUGUCAGGGACAAGGUUAAUGUUAUAUUAGUUAUAUUGAAAAGGGAAAAUGAAGGGGUCAUUGUUUAUCAAGUUUCCAGUAUGUAUUUCACAAACUAGUUAACUUACCGAGACACCGCUCAACUCCGCCCUGUCUGCAGAGCCACCAUCAGUUCAGAGUCAGCUCUGUAAACAAUUGAGUCGGAGCGCACUCUGCUGGACAAACUACGUAAUGACACCAAUUCUAAAGCAUUAUUUUCUGCAUUAUAUGUUCUGAAAAAAAGUUUUAAUUUCAGCGUAUAUCUGUAAAAUAUACACCGGUACCGAUAUAUCGGUGAAAGGCUAAUAUCAGCCGACCAAUAUAUCGGUUGGGCACUACAGACAACUGAAACAGAAAAGACAGUGAGAACUCUUUACAUGCACAUGUUCCACGAGAAAACAUUGAACCUCUUAACAAACAGCGAAUCAGAAAUGCGCACCGCUGCCUUUUCUUUCCUCUUCUUUAUAAUAUACUAAAGUGUGUUUCUUCAAGCUCAUGUCUUUUAUGUCUAACAGCUUUUCUUGUUAUGUGUCACUCCGAGCAUUUUACAGGUCGCCCGCCAGAGUGGCGGGUAGAUCGCAUGAAAUACCUGCAUUUGGUGGGUGGCGAGUGCUAAUUUUAUUACCCUGGGCUAAUAUAUUUAGCGACUUUCCAGCUCCUUGGUCUUGUCAUUAUCCAAUAUUGUAGAUCAUCGUCUUUUGUGUGUCGCAAUUGCCAUUGUGGUAUUUGUCAGAUAUCACAAUAUCCAGUUACAUCAUCCUAUCGGCCAGCCCUACUUCCAAACAAUUGCUUAGAAUGAACAUAGAUGUAUAACGGUAUCGGGCUGACCACGCCGCGAGGCAGUGGUACUAAUGGCUACGUUCAACGGAACCUGUCCAGUGUACGUGUGAAGAGGAACAGAGAUGAGCGUGGUGGAGAGAGGGAUGAGAAGGAUAGGGAGAGGCUGGAGAGCCAGCUGAACAGACAACCUAAUGCUGAUAUCCUGGAGCACCAGAGGAAGAGGCAGCUGGAGGUCAAAUGUGCUGAGCUGCAGGACAUGAUGGAGGAGCAGGGAUACUCAGCAGAGGAGAUUGAGGAGAAGGUCAACACCUUUCGUAUGAUGUUGCAAGAGAAACAAGAACCUCCACCUCCUCCAACAGAGAGGCCAGUUGUGACCGAGACUCAUGCUCUGGCAGCUGCUAACCAGCAAAAGAAUGACCGUCUGAGAGAGGCGUUCGGUAUUAGCUCUGAUUAUGUUGAUGGCUCGUCCUUUCAUGCUGACCGCAAGGAGAGAGAGAAAGAGAAGAGGGAGCAGGAGAGACUGGAAAGAGAAAAGCAACAGCAGCAGAAGUACCAGAUGAUUGAGUCUGAAGACUCUGAUUCAUCUCCUGAUCGAAAAAAGAGUCGGAAGAAGAAAAGAAAGAAAAAUAAAAGCAGAGAGAGCUCUGAGAGCCCCUCACCCUCCCCUAAACGAGAGAAGAAAAAGAACAAGAAGAUGAAAAAGAAAAGGGAGGAGUCAGUGAAGAGUGACACUGAGAGCAGUUCAUCAGACAAAGAAACAUCCAGAAGAAAGAGGAAAAUGAGUGAAAAUGUGACUCCACCUCCCAGUAAGAGCCGCAAGCAGCAGAGUACAUCCUCCAGCCCAGCACGCAGCCAAUCCCCUCUGAGAGGGAAACAGCUAAAUAAAUCAGACUCACGCGCAGAGGAGCAGAGGAAAGGAAGAUCUCCUGACAGGAGGCGGCGUGGCCGCAAUGAGGAAAGCCCAAAGAGGAUGGAAAUCGGAGAGAGGUCACCAAGACGCUCAAGGUCCCCUGAGCACAACAGAAGAGACAAAGACCGAGAACGUGAGAGUCAACAAGGACAAGAAAACUCUCUGAGAAGACGACACAAUUCCUCAUCAACAUCUCCACAAAAGCAGCAGAGGAACAGACGACAACAGAUUGGAGAGAGGGAGAGAGACAAAGAGAGAGAGAAAUCCCCUCAAACAAGAAGACAUAAUUCCUCAUCUCCAUCUCCACCACGGAAGCAGCAGAGAGACAGGCGACAACUGAGUGAAGAGAGAGAGAAACCCUCUCAAAGGAGAAAACAUGACUCUUCAUCUCGGUCUCCGUCUCCUAAGCAGCAGAAAGAUGGGAGACAGUGGAGCAUAGACAAGAACCGAGGGGAUGACGGCAAAAAGGACAAAGGUCCAAAAAGACAUGACUCUUCCACAUCCCUGUCUCCCUCUCCAUGUAAAGACAGAACGAGAAGAGGACACAGCAUAGAGAAAGAGAGAGCAGCAUCCCCAAGAGCUCCUUCAGACAGAGAAAAGGAAAGACUUGGAGACAGAGUGAGAGACAGACAGAGGAAUAGCGAUAGAGACACAGUCCCUUCUAGUAGAGAUGAUGUUCGAGGUUGGGAGAGUGAUAAAGGAAAGGAGAGAGAGAGAAUUCAGUCUAGUGACAUCUCUCUGGCCAGGCGCUCACCUUACUCUAACGGAAGACAAAAAGAAAGAGAUCACAAACAGGAGAAGGAAAGAGAAGAACUGAGAGAAAAGGAGAGGAGAAAGGAAGAUGAGUUGAAAGAAGAGGCUAGGAGACAACAGGAGAGGAGACAAGGCAGAGAGAGUGACAGAGAAAAGGAUAGAAACCGUCAUGGUGACCCCAGGAGUGAGGAGAUGUCCAGGUCAGACCAGCAGUCCUCUUUUAGCAGUCAGCUGGGAGACAGACGAGGUGCCAGAGGAAGUGAGACAGAGCGGGACAUGCAGGAAAGAAAAGACAGGAGAAUGGAGGAGGACAAGAGGCCAGAAAGAACCCAGGAUAGGAGUCCUCAGGCCAUGGACAAAGACCAAAAGGAGAAAAAAAUGGAAAAGGAAAAGCCGGGGAAGAAAGACAAAGCCAAAGCUGCUAGCAGCAGCAGUAGUAGUAGCAGCAGCAGCAGCAGUAGUAGUAGUAGUAGUAGCAGCAGCAGCAGUGAGAGUGACAGUGAUAGUUCCUCCUCUUCAACAUCUUCAUCAUCUUCUUCAUCAUCUUCAUCCUCUGAUGAUGAAAAGAAACAGAAAAGUUCAAAACAGAAUAGCAGCGUCGGUAAAUCAGUGCCUCACGCUGUCAUUGCUCGGGCUAUUGCUCGCCGAGAGACAGAGAACAGAGGAAGGGAUGGAGAAAGUGAUGAAGGUAGAAAGGCCCAAAGACAGAGUUCACCUCCUGAACCCCAGAGAAAAGAUGAAGACAUAGAUAGGAGAAAAGAGGACAUGGAUAGAAGGUCUGUCCACUCCUCAUCGCCCUCCACCGGAACUCAAAGGAACAGUAAUUCUGAGAAAGACAGGGAUCGGGGGAAAGAGAGGUACACUCCCACCGAAAGUUCUAGCCCACCUCCUUCUCCCCCUCAGAGAGGCAGAGAGAAAGCAACCCAGGGUGGGGGCAGGAACAUGCCUUCAGAAGAGACAAAAUCUCAGAGUAGAGAACCCGAGAGGCCCAGAGAUAGAGGGAGAGAGCGAUACACACCUUCAGAGCUGGAACGAGAAUCAUCACACUGCAUGUCUAGCAGAGGAAGGGAUCGUGAGAUUGACCGAAAGAAGGAUGCUUCACCUUUGUCUCCGAAGGGAAAAGGAAGGGAUGAAGGCUCACGGGUUAAGCAAACAGCAUCUCGACCUUCACCAAAACGCACUCCACCACGACAGUACCAGGAUCCGCCACGAUCGCGCUCCCCCAGUCUGAGACGAGGGGUGAGGAGACCCUCACCACUACGCAACUCAUCCCCUUACCGACGGGAUCGCAGCCGGGAACGGUUUAGAGAAAGAGAGAGGGACGGACUUCGAGCAAGGCCAGGAGAAAGAGAACGUUCCAGGGAGAGGAGAACAAGGAGCAGCAGAUCAAGGAGUCCUCGUAGACAAAGUUCUCCCUAUAGGUUUCGUCGUUCACCCUCACCGAUACGUCGACGCAGAUGUAGCCGAUCACUAUCAAGAGAGAGGGAGCAGGAGAGGAGGAGGAAUCGAGAGCGAGAGAGACAGCGUGAACAUGACAAAGAAAGAAAGCGAGAACAAAGAACAAGGGCACCACCCAAAGAUCCCACUCCUCCACACCGCUCUUCAUCCUCAUCCUCUUCCUCUAGGUCCUCCUCAUCAUCCUCACCUUCUCCUCAAAGAGUGAUGAAGGGGGUGAAGUCUGCAGAUGCAGAUAAAGACAGAACAAAGAAAUUACAAAGGAGCUCCAAACAGCCGUCCCCUUCCCCUCCUCAACAGACUCCUCGUCUCCUUCCCAACCAGUCAGUUCAUCGCUCUCAUUCCCGUGAACUUCCUGCUCGUUCUAGAUCACCAACCACCAACCAAUCACAAAGCAGGGAUCCACCAGGUGACCGGUUAAGAGGCCAGUCUCCAUCACUAACACAAAUAAAUGAGCCGUUUGUAAGAGGAAAGACUUCAGUGAAUGGGAAACCAGAGAAGGAGAGCUCUGGGCAACAGCAGAAGAGCAGGAGAAGCAGUUCAAAGACUUCAUCCUCAUCUUCCUCGUCAUCCUCUUCAUCCUCAUCUUCAUCAUCGUCAUCCUCUUCAUCAGACAGCUCUGACUCCGAAGCAGAGAAAGGGAAAGGGAAAGGGGGUGAUAAAGCAGGUACAAAUAGAGAUUCUGUUAAGACAACGAAAAACAGAGAUGCUUCAUCAUCCUCCUCAUCAGAAAGUGAGCCAGAAGAGAAGAAAAGUCCGCCGCGCCCCAAGAGAGUGCCAGCAGACUCACUGAGAGACUCCAGGUCACUCAGUUACUCCCCUCCAGCGAGACAACGAAGACUUGCACACUCUGCACCCACUCGACGUGCAAGCAGGAAGUCGAGAAGCAGAUCUCCGGACAGUCGACGGAGGAAAUAAAUGCAUAACGGUUCACCUUUUUAUUUUCUGGACUCUUAUCUGACCCUCACUGGAUUUUAUCCUUUCAGUAUCACAUGGAUGAGACUGCAUUAGGAGAGGCUGAAAAAAAUGUGACUAGUUGCAAUGGUGACCCAUUCGCCAUUAGUAGAAUAUCUCUCAAAACCUCCUAUGAGUUCUAUAACUCAUCCUAAAGGGGAGGAUUUCUUUUUACUUUAAUUAUGGUGUAAAUUAAUGUUCAAGAAGAGGCAAGGUGAGACACUGAAAUUCUCCAUAGCUCUGUGCCAACAGAUGCUGGAUGCUGUUUGUACACACACAAACAAAAUCACAAAUAUGUCCAGUGCUCUUCUGUCUGCUACAUUAUUCUGAAUGUAGAUGAACAUGUUAUUUUGUGAUUGGGAAUGGAUGUGUUCUGUUCCUAUGUAUGUGGACACCAUCUUAUCCUUUUUGUUUCUUUGUGGAAUAAACAAUUAUGAAUAAUA